AUGGCAGCAAAACCAGAAGAAACAAGCACCGUACCUACCGAGGGCGCUGGGCUCUUCAGCGGACCCAACCAGGAGAAGCAGCCUGAGACUAGCACAACGGCUGAGCCCACACACAAGACGGAUGACGUGGAGGCUGUUGACAGCGCGACUGCGGGUGUAGCUGACCUCUCCGUCGCCGAGAAAAAGGGGGAGGAGGAAAAGAAGGCGGAGACCAAGGAGGAGGUCAAGGAAGAACAAAAGGAAGAGCCAAAGGCAGAUGACACACGGGCAGAGGAGAAGAAGCCUGAAGAGGCACCGCCAGCCGACACAACGACUCCUGCCGUCGCCGCACCGCCUGCUGACGCGCCUAGCGACGCGCAGCCCGCGGCCGCUCCCACAGAAGCCACCAGCGGCCCCGUCUGGCCCGAGACGGCGCCCGACCACCCGCUCACAAAGUUCUUCGACAGUUUCGAAGCCCUCGUCGCCUCGGCCCAACACAACGAGGUCUACGGCAUCGAGCUCAGCGCCUCCAACGCCUUCCACACCAAGCUCAUCCUGCAAAAGUUCCUGCGCGCCAACCAGAACGACGUGGAAAAGGCAAAGACGCAGCUGCUCGAGACGCUCAAGUGGAGAAAGGCUUUCGAUCCCGUCAAGGCGGCCACCGAGACUUACGAAAAGACCAAGUUCGACGGCCUUGGAUACGUCCUGCAGGUCGAGGGCGUGCCCGGUAGCUUGAAUAAGAAGGAUGUGGCUACGUUUAAUAUCUAUGGCUCCGUCAAGGAUAACAAGGCUACGUUUGGUGAUUUAGACGGCUUCCUCCGCUGGCGCGUAGGCCUAAUGGAGAAAUCGAUCCAAGCGCUCUCCCUCUCGAGCGCCAGCGUCCCAAUCCCCAACUACGGCGAAGGGCCCGACCCCUACCAAGGCUUCCAAGUCCACGACUACCUCCAAGUCUCGUUUAUCCGGCGCGACCCGCUCGUCAAGGCCGCGACAAACAAGACGAUUGAGAUCCUCGGCAACCACUACCCGGAGACGCUGUCCCGCAAGUUCUUCGUCAAUGUCCCCACCGUCAUGGGCUGGCUGUUCAACGCCAUCAAGCUGGUCGUCGCAAAGGAAACGAGCCGCAAGUUUGUCGUCCUGAGUAAUGGCAGUUUGCUGGCCAAUGAGCUGGGUAAGAGCGUGCCUAAGUCCUAUGGUGGUGAUAGGCCCGAGUUGGUCGAGUCGGCUGAGACAAUGGCUAUGGCGUAGCUUUGAGCUCGCCUUCCCACGUAUGCUGGAUAUAUAUAUAUAUAUAUGAUCGGUGGUCAUCAUUUGGAGAGAGAGAAAAAAAUUGGGUGGAUGUAAUGGCAGGUGGUGGUGCGGAGACAUGCAGCAAGUUUAUUUGUAGUAGCCUUCUUCUUCUUCUUCUUCUUCUUCUUCUUCUUUUUCUUUUUUCUUAUUAGGGGUUUCUGUUGUUUUCUGUCUAUCUGUCUAUCUGUUUUGUUUUGUUUUCUUUUUUCUGUUUUCAUUUCUUAAGCAAGCGGGAGAGAAAAAGUAGAGAGAGAGAGAGAGAGAGAG